AAAUAAUAAAAGGGAGACCACUUUGACUGUGUGUGGUGCAAUUGUCCGACCCCUCUACCGAGGAAUUGGAUUAGUUUGAGAUGCGCAUGCGCAAUUCAUCCCUUUUACUUGAACGACCAUCCCAACACGGUCACCAGAAUGAAUGACGCUGCAGAUGAAAUCUUUGAGCAGGCAAGUAGUGGUGCCUCUAAGACCUACCCGAAGCAGUGCUCAGCCCUGAAGAAAGGCGGCCAUGUCCUUCUCAAGUCGAGGCCGUGCAAGAUUGUUGAAAUGUCCACAUCCAAGACCGGCAAACAUGGACACGCCAAGGUUCACCUUGUGGGCCUAGACAUCUUCACUGGGAAAAAGUAUGAGGAUAUAUGCCCUUCAACACACAACAUGAUUGUGCCGACUAUAUCACGAUUGGAUUACCAGUGUUUAGGUGUACAAGACGGAUAUCUGUCCCUGCUUGACGAUAAGAGCAUAACACGGGAAGAUCUGCGCCUCCCAGAUAAUGAUAUUGGUCAAGACAUUCAGAAAAAGGCUGAUUUGGGAGAAGACUUUAUGGUGACGGUUCAGAAGGCGAUGGAUGAUGAAAUAGUCGUUGCCCUCAAAUCGAUGAAGACCAAUGACUAAACAAAAACAUGGCCAUGACAUGAAUGGUAUCCUGUGUGAACUGUGAGAAAUCGGAGUAAUUCAGUAUCAUUCUGGACACCCCUAGAUUAUUAUAAAUCUUACCAUCUAGAGGGAGGCUGCAGUUUGCCCUUAUUAUGUGUUUUACAGAAAAUAUCUGGUCAACCUUGAAGCCAAAUACACAUUCAGGUCAGAAACACCGGUACUGUACUAAAGUGAUGAAAUUGUGACUUAUUAUCUAAGUUUUUUCACUAUUCAUCUGUAAGCAUGGUAAGGGACAUAUAUCUAUCAGUAAUCGACCAAGGCUUUAAAUUAGUUCUGUGUUAAGAAUAUUUCAUCCUGUUUAUGCUACUUUGUGUUUGUUUUUUUCUCUCAUCUGACUUGUGUAAUAAAAUUCUGUAUUCAAACUUGUGAGAAAGCCAAUAAAUCCAUGGUUGGAUUGAACACAU